GAUCAGACUCUCCGCCUCAUAAAGCCCGACCACGAGGCAGGAAUCCAGCGCCAGAAGCAAAUUCAGCCUCGGACGCAUUGCCUAGACAUGUGUGCUGGCCCUCGCGCGGCGGCAGUGCUCAGCGAUGCUAUGCGAGCGAGCUGGAGGGCAGCUGCUGCCUUGGCGCCAUCUCAGGAGCCGCGGCUAGGGCGUAGCCGAUUAAACCGCGCCGCCGACCCGCCGUCUGGCAGCAGCCAACACACAUCGAGUCAUAGUCACUGGGCGAAACGCCGGCCCGCGCCGCGGACGCAGACGCCGGGACGAGACGCAUUGCCCGGCAGCAGCAGACACACAACUACGCCGCGAACGCGUCGCGCCGCUCGACGCCAGACGCUGAAAAGGAUCGCGCGCGCAGGUCUAGCACAUAGCGCCAAAGACAGACGAUGUGGUCGAAGCUCGCCCUCGUCGGCACCGCCGCGGCCUUCGUCGGCCCGCGCCCGACGCGCCUCGCCCCUCUGGCCAACAACCCCCUCGACAAGCUCGGGUUGGAGAAGCCCGAGGACGUCGCCAAACUCGUCCAGGAGAAGGUCGGCGACCUGGACCUCGACAGCGCCAAGGCCUUCGGCUCGAAGAACCUGGACGUCCUCAAGGACAACCAGGAGCGCGCGCUCAUCGACGUCGCCGCCGCGGCCUUCUGCGGCUUGCUGUUCGCGGGCGUCUACGGGGCUGUGGUCUUCGCGCUGGGCUGGUUCGCCGCGGCGCCGUCGACGGACGCGUACUCGCGGCCGGCGGACUCGUACGGCGCCUGCAUCGAGACGGCGCUGCCGGGCGCGGCCGUGGGCGCCUUGGUGGGCAUGCUCCUCACGUUCAAGAUCUUUUCCAUCCCGACGGACAUCUUCGCCGUGCUCAUCUCCGUGGUCGUCAUCUCGGGCGCGCGCGCGGGCAAGCUGUACUUGGACACGAAGCAGACGCCCUCCGCUUCCGAUUUGCAGUCCGUCGACGUCGGGUCGCUCAAGUGGCCCAGCCUCUGAGGAUCCGAGCCCCGAUCUAGAGCGGUGGCGUACUAAUUUCUAGACAACCAC